GCAAUGUUUUUUGUAGAUGUGACUGCAGUGUUUUGUAGAUUAAAUUUAAAAUAGAUAUAAUUUAUCUCUUUUUUAAUAGAUAAAGACGAGACUAUAAAGUUUUAAUAUUUGGACAAUAUUUGAUAAAACUGUGUUACCGUUACCUACAUCCUCAUUUAUAGCUAGUUAGUAUUUCUGGAUAGUGCAAAAUGUCAUAUAUUCUUACCGAGGAAGUUAAAUCUUGGAUUCAACAAUCCAUGGGUAGUGAAAAUUGUAUCAUCACCAUAGAAAAUACGACCCAGAAAGGAGAAGGUUACGUUGGAGAAUUUAUUUUUGCAAAAGUUGAACUUCCGUCCAGUGAAGGUAUGGUUACACACGACGGAACUGUAUAUAUAGCUUUAAAACGUAAUAGUCAGAAUCCAGCAAUUCCAAAACAAUUUCCAGUAAUGCACGAAAUUUGCCGAAGGGAAGUUUACUUUUAUGGUGUUAUUUUUCCAGCAUAUCAAAAGUUUUAUAAAAAUAAAACGCUGCGAGAUGACUUUUAUAUAGUUCCAAAAUGUCACAAAGCAUUUUUGGAGGACAAAAAUAACGUGAUUAUUUUAGAAAAUCUUAAAAGAAAAGGUUAUGUGCUGCAUCAAAGAGACAAACCACUAAACUCUGUUCAAAUCAAAUUGUGUUUAAAAUCUUACGUCAAAUUACAUGUUUUGGCCUUUGCAAUGAGAGAUCAAACUCCAAAAGAAUUUAAGAUAAUUUCUGAAGACUUGUUUUCUUUGAUGAAAGAAGCAUUCGAUCAUUUUAAACUAGUCAUUGAGAGUAAAUCAAUUGUUAUAAUCGAUGCAUUAAAAGAAGCCGGAAGAGAAGACUUAUCAAUUAGAUUUGAAAAGUUUAACAAAGAAAAAGCUAUUUUCAAUCGUCUUAUUGAAGUUGCCGAUGCUACUACAGAUGAGAAAGUAAUUAUUCAUGGUGACUGUCAUAAUGGUAAUAUGCUGUUUCUAUUUAAGAAUAACGACAGAAGUAACCCCCAACAUGUAGCUCUGAUUGAUUUCCAGGGAACGUGUCUUCAUUCACCUAUACUGGAUAUCUCAGCCUUUCUUUAUUGGAACUUAUCAAGUGAAGACUUUCUACAAUUCGAAGAAUUUUUAGAAUUUUAUUACAGCCAAUUAUCAUCUCUUUUAACAGAACUAGGCAGUGACAUAAAUAAAUUGUUUCCAAAGCAUGUUAUGCAAAAACAUUUAAAAAAAUUUCUUCAAUUUGGAUUUUGUAUAGUAGUACCGUUCUUGGAAUUUCUUUAUAUCGAGAAUGAGGACGCACCUUCGUUGAUCGAUGAGAAUACCAAUGAGAUAUUGGGAGGUCUUAAAGACGUUAAGUUAAAGUCAAGGGAAGAAUACUUAAGGCGUCUUGUUUCUACAGUGGAUAGCUUUUUUAAUAGCGGAUAUGUAUAAUGUUAUAAAGUACUAAAAUAGUAUUUUACAAAUAUUAAGGACCAAAGUGACUUAUUUUGACCAAAUUACAAUAAAAUAAAUGAAGACAAAGUGGUAUUUUCUAGUUCUUUUUGUUAAAAAUGGACUUUCGUUUCAAAACAAUUCAUUACCAUACAAACAUUUCUUUUGUAGUACUAAAUAAAAAGAUUUUGAAUAAAAUUUAAACACGUCAUUC